AGAGGCGUCGCGCGUUAAUCGUAACGGUACGGCACAGGGUAUUAAAGCAUUUGCUCGGGGAAAAGCGCCGAUUAGUGCACCACCGAGUCUGCCAGCGGAUAGCUACAGGCGGUGCAGCCGUGAGAAAAGUCUGAAACUAUGGUGCGAUCGAAGAUCCUAGCAGUGACGGUAGGCCUGUUGUGUUGCCUGUUCGCCGCGGACAGUCGGUUCGCGCGAGCCGAAAGACCUCCGUUCAAGAGUAGCAGUGGCCUGUACGAGGACGAACCGCUGCUGGCGGCCAGUGAGCAGGACAGUGAUGGAAACUUCGUCGGUAUCGUUCCGGCGCAGCCGGUGAACGAAGCCUACCGUCUGCCGAAAACGUCCGUUCCGAUCCAUUACGAUCUUCAUUUGACUACGGAGAUCCAUCGCAACGAGCGACAGUUCAGUGGUUCUGUGGCGAUCCAGCUGCAGGUGCUGGAAACGACGGACCAGCUGGUGUUGCAUACUCGCGGCCUAGUGAUCUCGUCGGCCCGGAUCUCCUCUUUGCCCAAUGGCGUAACCGGCGCUCCGGUACUGAUCGGAGACGCCACGUACAGCACGAACACCACCAUCGAGCAUAUUACGUUCACGAGUCCCAACAUCCUACAGCCGGGCUUCUUCUGGCUGGAGGUCUCGUUCGUGGGACAGCUCGCGACCAACGAUGACGGGUUCUACGUGUCGUCGUACGUGGCGGACAGUGGCGAGCGAAGAUACCUAGCGACGACGCAGUUUGAAUCGACCAGCGCCCGCAUGGCAUUCCCCUGCUACGACGAGCCAGCGCUGAAGGCAACGUUCACCGUGUCGCUCACGCACAGCAUUACCUACAGUGCCAUAUCGAACAUGAGGGAAAAUCGAAGGAGCGAUGCGGACGGCAUGCGCACCACGGUGUUCGACAAGACGCCGAUCAUGUCCUCCUACCUGUUGGCGUUCGUUGUGUCGGACUUCCUGUACCGGAUCGAUGGCACGCAGCGCGUGUACGUGCGUCCGAAUGCUUUCCAGCAGGCAACGUUCGCGCUGGAAGCUGGUGUGAAGAUCCUGAAGGUGCUGGACGAGCAUCUGGGCAUCCCGUACAGCACGUACAUGCCGACGCUGAACCAAAUCGCGGUGCCAGACUUUGCCGCCGGUGCGAUGGAAAAUUGGGGCCUGGUGACGUACAGGGAACAGCUCUUAUUGUUCGAUCCCGCAGUUUCGACUUAUCGCACAAAAACGAACAUUGCGACGACGAUUGCGCACGAGUACGCGCAUCAGUGGUUCGGUGAUCUGGUAACUCCCGAAUGGUGGGAAUACAUCUGGCUGAACGAAGGCUUCGCCACGCUCUACGAAUUCUAUGCCGCCCAUCUGGCCUACCCAGAGGCGGAGUACUGGGAGCUGUUCAACACGCAGGUCAUCCAGGCCGCGAUGGUUCCGGACGGUCUGGCCUCCACCCGCCCGAUGAACUGGAAUGCGGCUACUCCCGGUGAAAUUUCGGCGCUGUUCGAUCGUGUCGCCUAUCCGAAGUCGGGCAGCGUGCUGAACAUGAUGCGCCACGUGCUUGGCGAAGAGAACUGGAAGGCCGGUCUGAACACCUACCUUAACGACCGAGCCCUGAGUGUGGCGGUGGAUGAGCAGCUGUACACCGCACUCCAGAGCGCGAUCGAGGGCAAGGAUGUGCUUCCGAACGGCGUGACCGUAGCCCAGAUUAUGCGCACCUGGGCCAACGAGGCAGGCUACCCGGUACUGUCCGUGCGGCGAUCGUACGACACGGGAGACGUGAUCAUCUCGCAGGAGCGCUUCUACUCCGACCGCAAGGUGCCCAACACCAACGUCUGGAUGAUUCCGUACAACUACGUCCAGCAGGCCCGGGCCGAUUUCAACGAGUUCGACGACUUCCAGUGGCUCGCCACCAAGGCGGCCCGCAUCGCGACGACCGUGCCCGCCACCGAGUGGCUCAUUUUCAACAAGCAGCAGGUCGGCUACUACCGCGUCAACUACGACGAUCGCAACUGGGAGCUCAUCACGAACGCGCUGAUCGACAACUUUGCCGCCGUGCACCGGCUCAACCGGGCGCAGCUGAUCGAUGACGCCUACUGGCUGGCACGGUCCGGCCGCCUUGACCUGCGCGUCGCCCUCCGUCUGAUGACGUACCUGCGCGGUGAGCGGGAGUAUGCGCCGUGGGCGGCAGCGAACGUUGCCCUGUCCUACUUCAACAGCCGUCUCCGCGGUACGGAGAAUUACCACGAUUUCAUCCUAUUCGUGGACGCUCUGAUCGAAGAACUGUACGGACUGUUGACGAUCGACGUGGUAUCGCCGAACGAUUCACUGCUGCACAAGUACCUCGUGCAGACGAUCACCAGCUGGGCCUGCUCGUUGGGCUACAAGGACUGUCUGGAGCGGACGGGCGCCCUGCUGAGGGCCGAGGCAUCGGGCACGGGACCAGCCGUACAUCCCGACAUUGCCACCGUCACGUACUGCUACGGUAUGCGCACGACCGGUGCGGCCGAGUACCAGUAUCUGUACCGCAAAAUGAUGGACUCGAAAAAUCUGGCCGAGCGUACCGCGCUUAUCGAUGCGCUCGGAUGCUCCACCAACAAGGAGUUCCUGACGUCCUUCCUAUCCACUGCCCUCGGAACGGGAACCGGUGUGGAGAUCAACUACCGCGCGGACGAACGGCGCCGUGUGGUGCAGGCCGUCUACUCUGGCAGUCGAGUCGGUGUCGACGCACUGAUCGAGUACCUGAUGGAUCCUGCCGUGGUGAAUGAGUUUGUUAGCAUUCUGUCCACGUCCACGCUCAAUUCCGCUCUGUCCGCCAUUGCUUCGCGCACCAACAACGAGGCAGAAAUGAACAAGUUAAAUACUCUCCUCACUGCCCUGGGUAGCCGCAUCACUAGCCAGACGGCGACCAACCUGCGCAACACGGCCCAAUCCAACCUGGACUGGGUGAACGGUUUCGAGGGGCUCAUGUUGACCAACUUCUUGAGCGAGUUUGUGACGGACAUCCCGAACACCACAACCGACGCACCGCCAACGACGACGGUCGCUACCCAGUCUACUACUACGGGUGCCGGGGCCACUACCACCACUACGACGCCUGCCCCAACCACCACCGUAACGACGACGACGGUACAAACGACGACCGACGACGAUGGUGGUGCAGCAACGAUCGGGCUUUCGAUAGCGGCACUGCUGGUCACGAUCGCGGUCCAUCUACUGGGAUAAUCACUCAUCGCGUGACUCAUCGGGGGGAGGGGGCAUGGGGAAGUGGCAACCAGCGGAGAGGAAGGGGGAGCGGGUUAUUGUUUUCCCUUCCUGAAUCCAGGAGCUCCGGAAUCGAGAUGAUUAGGGUACGAUUAUUGAUAUGCUAUCAGAAGUAGAAUAAAGCGAAAUGUUACAUGAA